AUGAAAAAAUUUAAAUACUUUCGAAUAUUAAUCAUCCUUAUAGUUUCAUUUUGUUCAUUAGCCUAAAAUGUCAAAUAAGCUCUAAAAUUAUUAGAUGAAUUGAACCCAUAUUAAAAAUUAGAAACUUAAAUUUAAACUUAAAGAACAGGGUUUGGAUUUUGGUUUAAAUACAUUGCUUUUAAGAAGCUAUUAUAAAGUCAUAUAAUAAACGAAAGUUUAGAUCCUAGUUUAGAAAUUAAAGGAUAUAUUAUGUCAUAUUCUUAAGGGGAUGACUUUGAAAUUUUAUUAUACUUAAUUAAAGACUUUAGUAAUAACUUGAUAAACUUAAAAUUCAUUAUAAAUUCAAAUCAAGAAUAUAUAGUUAAUUAUUUAUUUUACGAUUUUGAAGGCAUUUGGAUCUUUACUACUGUUGCAUUAGAUCCUAUUGAGAGCUCAAUUGAAAUUUAUUUAUAUAAUGAGCAAUCAUUUAAUAGUUUCAUCUACAAUAAAUUUCAAUUAACUACUUAAAUUCCAUAAGUAAUAAAUAGUUAUUUGGGAGGAUAUGGAAAAGUAUUAUUAAUUACAAUUAUUAUAGGUACAAAACCUUAAUUUGUUACCCUUUACAGCAAAAUAUUCUGAAUUUCUAAUUAUAGAAGUAUUUGACAUGAUAGGAUAUAAUUAUUAUUAGUUUUAUCAAAAGAUAAUUUUAGCUUAAACAUUUGAAAGAAUUGAACCUUAAGAAUAAAGAAUUUUAUUAGUUGAUGAUUAAUAUUUUAAUGGAAAUUAGCAUUAAAAUAAAGUUAUCUUUAUGGAAGGUUCCACAUUUUUAAUAUAAGGUUGGGUCAAAUUAAAUGAAUAAGUCUAAGAUUAUGGAUUUAUACUUAUUACUAUUUCUUAUACAGAAGAUGUAACCUCAUUUAAAUUUCCAGGAGAUUAAAUCUUAGUGUUACAAUACCAACUUUCAACCAGUGGUUAACUCAGCACCUAAUUCACCAUAAGUUAAUAAUUUAAUUAGCAUCCAAACAUAUACGACCCUUAUAUUUAUUGUGGAUAAGAAUCUAGUGGGUAUUUUGGAUUGCCUUAAAUUUAUCGACAAUUAAUAUCUUGGCAUUAUAUUUAAUAUCAACAAGGAAAUAAAGGUCAACUCUCAACUAUUUACCUCUACUUUUCUUAUGAUCAAAUGGUGGUUGGAGGGUCUUCUUUCAUUAAUUUUUAGCCUUACUAUUUUUCUAAUGUUAAUGCAAACAUCAAUUUAGCAGGAUCAAAAGAUUUCAAGACUUUUCUGAAUGGUUAGAUAUCAAAGUUAGAAUUUAUACAUAGUUACAAAUAUACUAAACCAUUUUUACCAAGUAUAAUAUUGAGUUUAAAUGAGAUUGUCAUCCUACUUGUAAAGAUUGUUUAGGUCCUUAUGAUAAUUAAUGUUUGAAUUGUAAUCCAAUUUAUAAUAGGAUGCAUUUACCAAUUAAAAAUAUGUGUGUUUGUUAAAUUGGAUAUAUAGAAUAAUUUGAUAGUCUUGAUUGUGUGUCUCUUAAACAAAUGUAUUAAAAUGCUGUUAUUUUAAACCAAAAAUUAAAUGAAGAAGAGGCAAUAAACUGUUAAUUAGGUUAUUUUGAAUUUCUAAAUUCAUGUUAUCCAUGGUAUUAAUGCAAUCUCUAUAAUUAGUCCAUUUGGAAAUUAAAUGCUCAAUUGUUUAGAUUGUAUAAAUAAUUAAAAAGAUUGGUUUAGAAAUCCAAUUUGUAAUUGGGAUUUUGAGCAGAAUUCUUUUUCAUUUAGAUAUACAAAAAGAUAGUAAGAAUUUUUGGAUUUGUAUUUAAUUAAUUAGCCAUUUUCAAUAUAAAUAUGUUAUGGAUGUGCAGAGUUUUGUUAAUAGAAUAGCAAUGAAUGUAAUAAGCUUUUAGGUAAUUAUCAUUUAGGCCAAUAAGUAUAUAUUAAAUGCAAAUAAAAUUAUAUCUUUAUUAAUGGAGUUUGUAAACAUACUCCUCCUUUUUGUUUAAUUUAGAAUUCAUAAGGAAUUUGCAUUGAAUGUCUUACAAAAUAUUACUUUGAUUAAGAUAAAUAAAAUUGUAUUUAAUGCCCACAAGAAUGCCUAUAAUGCCAUUAUGAUGAAAUAGUUAACAAAGUAUUAUGUGAUAGCUGUUAGGAUGUAAGUUCUGUAAUUUUUAAUGGAGUUUGCACUCGAUGUGGUUUAAAUUGUAAAAUUUGCUAACCUGAUUUUAACGUUUAAAAAUAAUAAUCAUUUUUAAGAUGUCUAGAAUGCAUAGAUAUGAAUUUAUAUUAUAUAAUGUUCAAUGCUGUAGAUUGUUUAGAAAUAACAAUCGAUUAUUGUUAAUACGCCUUUUAGUAUCUAGAGAAUAAUCAUUCGAUAACAACUAUGGAUGUAUAUUUUGAACCUAGAGAUUUUGAUGAAAAUAUUAAGGUUGGAUGUGCAAGAUGUAUGGAUGAUCUUUUUACUUACUCUCUCAUUACUUAAAAAUGUGUAUAUACUUUGUAUUAAUAUGAAAUGUGUAAAUAAUCUAUUUUUGAUUUUUAUGGAAAUUAUAUUUGUCUAAUCAUUUACAAUUAAGUUCUUCCUUUUUAGACAAUAUAUGAAUAAUAUGCCUAUUGUCCAUUAAUAGAUUAAUGUGUAGAUUGUUUAAAAAUCAAUGAUAAUAAUCAGAUUUGUUUAAUUUGUAAUUAUGGAUAUUAUGCAUCUUAUACUGGAGUUUGUAUUAAAUGUCCUGUUGAGCUUAAUUGUUUCAGAUGUGAAUAAAAUUUAAGAUUAUUUAACCAUAAUUUUAGAAAAAAUCUUAGAGCAUUUUAUAAAUAUUUUGUUGAAGAAACCAAUCCAAAUCACUUUUAUAAUGAUUAUAAUGAAAUAUUUGAAAAAGAAUAAUACAUAGUUUAAUGCACUAAAUGUCUAGAAAAUUAAGAAUUAUAUAAUGGAAAAUGCAUCAAAGCAUGUCCUAUAGAUUGUGAAUCAUGUAUUAAAAUUAAUGAUGAAAACGUAUGUCAAUCUUGUCCAUAUACUUAUUUAGGUAAGAGUCUCUCUGUUGUUGAUAAGAUUUGCUUAGAAUGUCCUACUUAUUGUUCUAUUUGCAUUAAAAGAACUUAAUCAUAAGUAUCAGCAAUAAAUCCUUAUUAUACAAGUUAAUCUUAAAUUUAUUAGAACAUUUGUAUAAAAGGAUAUUCAUAAUCAUAUUUUUAUGAUCAAGAUCUUUAGAGUUAUUAAGAUUGUAGUAAUUAUCCUGAUCAAUAGAAAUGCUUUAAAUCAGUUACAAUUGAUGUCAAAAUAUAUUGCUAGGAAAGUUUUGUUUCUAAUAAAAAUUAAUUAAACAUUAAAGAUUUAUUCUCUUCAAAUAGCGAAAUUAAUUAUCUUUCAUAUUUUGAAAAUCAAAAGUUUUACUCUUAUGCUAAUAAAAAUACUGUUAAAGAAGUCAUUUAUAAUUUUGAAAUUAUAGAUGGUAUUGAAAAUUCUUGUAUAAUUCCUCAAUAAGGACACUUUUAAUAGAGUAUGAGCAAAUAUGUAUUUUCUGCAAUGUAAUAUUGUUAUUAAUUAUAGAUUAAUUAAAUUAAAUAUGUACUCUUAAUAAUAGUCAGACCUAUAUAUUUUGGGGAAUCUUUAAUUUUUAGGUUUUACUGAAAUAAUCAUUUCCAAUAUAUCUUUUAUAUAGUCUUCUAAUUUAAUAGCUACAAUAACUGUUGAUUCCUUUUUUACACAAAGUACACUCUUUUAGAAUAUUAAUUUUGGAUCUCUUAAAAAAUAGUAAUAAUUCAAAAUUAUUGCAGGAAAUUAAUACUCAAUAGAAUUUAGAGAUACUUAAUUUAUAAAUUUACAUUUAUUUGAAAUGAAUUCUCAAUUUAUCUUAAUUAAAACUUCUUAGCCAUUAUCCUAAUUAAUUUUAAAUAAUGUUAAUUUUAUAAAUUGCAAUUUUAAGAAUAUCAUCUUAUUCAACAUUUUAAAUGAAAACUCUAUUAAAAUAUACAAUACAAACUUAAAAAUUACCAAUAUGGUUCUUAAAAACACUACUUACAUAAAACUUUCUAGUAGUGAUAUGAAUAAUCAAAUUUAAUUACAAAAAUUGAAUCUGAAUUUAAUUAUUAAUGAUUCCCUACCAUUCUUCAAUUUUAUAUAUUUCUCUUAAAUUAUUAUGAAAUAUACACUCAUAUAGGAUUCAACCUUUAUCAAUACUAUUUUUUCUACAUUAAAUAAUCUUUUUUAAAUGGAAGAUAUUACUCUAUCAUAAAUAAGCCUCUAAUCCUAAAGUACUUUAUUUUAAGGUGGUUUAUCUUUUAUUGAUGAUCCAAAAUUCAUAAUGGACAAAAUAUAUUUCAAUUUUAUUAAAUAUGAAAAAGAAAUCCCUUUAAUCUUUGUAAAUCUAGAAAAUACUCAAGCAACUUAACUUUAACUUUAAUUAUUAAAUAUUUAAAUUUAGAAUUCUAAAAUAACAUAAAUAGAAUUAUUAAAUGAGAUUGAUAUUUCAAAAUAUAAAAUAUUUUUAUCAUGUAGAUCAAUUAUAAUCAAAAACUUUUUAAUAAUAAGAGAAUAAGAUUUACCAGAAAUAGCAAUACUUAAUUCAAUGGAAGUACAUAUUGAUAAUUUACAAAUAAUAUCUAGAUAAAGAGAAUAAUUUUUAAGUUUUAUUUGUUUAAACAAUUAGAAAUUUUAACUUGAAUAUUCUCUUAUCACAUUUUUUCAAGUGAUUAAUAUUAAUAUUCAAAAUUCAAUCUUCUCAAAUGUAACUCUAUACAACUAAGGAAUAUUAUAGAUUAUUUAUGAUUAAAAGAUGAAUUUAAUUUAAGAGAUUUAGCAGAAAACCAUUACAAUUAAUUAAGUUAAGUUUGAAAGAAAUCUACUUCUAAAGAAUCUUAAUUAAAAUUCCCUUGGACUUAUUAGUAUUAUUGAUUAAAACUAAAUUUUAAUUAAACUCUCUAAUUUAAUAUUUCAGGGUAAUUUAUUGAAUGAAUUUUUGGAAGAAUCUUAAAGUGCAUCAUCUUUACUUAUAGUUGCUAUUGCUCCAAGAGGGGUAUUUUCAUUAAUUAAUUCCUAUUUAGAAUAUAAUUUAAUAUUGAAUUCUACAGUUUAAUUACUUUACAUCAAUACUAAAUAAUUAAAUAUUGUUAAUACACUAUUUAACAAUAAUAAUGUAAUGAAUUACACAACACUAUAAUAUUUUAUAAAAGAUCUUUCAUCUUCUAUUACAUCAAUAUACUCUUAAUCUGGAAAUGGGUAUUUGAAAACAUCAUCUCUAUUAGUAAAUAAUGUCCAUUUGAAUACUUCAUAAGGAUUUUAUGGAGGUGGAUUCCAAAUAAGUAGUUAGAAUAUUUCUUAAAUAAUAAUACAAAAUAGCAAAUUUAGUAAUUUAUCUAAUUUAAAGGAUAAUUCAUUAUCUUAUGGAGCAGCUAUAUAUCUAGAAAUAUAAUCAUAAGAAAUUAUAAUGAAAUUUAUCAAUAUUUCUGUAAACUAAGUUUUUACUUAAAAUUUAGGAGGAUUUCUUUAUAUAAAAUCUUCAAUUUAUCAAAAAAUAUAGAUUGAUUUUUAUAAUUCAUAUUUUAAAGAUAAUUAUGCUGAUUAAGGAUCAAUUCUAUAUUUUGAUAAUUCUAUCAAUUCAAAUUAAUAUCUAUGUAAAUUAUGUCUUACAGAUAUACAAGUUGAAUAAUCAACAUAUUAAACUUAUUUUGAGAAUUUAAAAUUAGAUAAUUAAAAUUAGAUUAAUAAUACAUUACUAAAAUAAAAGUAAUUAAUAAAUUUAAAAAUGUGUUCUUUAGAAUUAAAAAAUUCCAUUUUUGUUAAUUUGAUUUAGGAAGGCAUAUUAACUGUUGAGUAAUCUUCUGAAACUGUUUUAGCAAAUUUAUUAAUUGAUAAUGCAAUAAUUGUUAAUCAAUAAUUAAUUAAUAUUUUAAGUUAUAGUGAUAUUUAAUUAACAAAUAUUUAGGUGCUUAAUACAUAAAAUAAAUUUAAUUAUAAGAGUAAGAAAAAGAUCUGUAAAAUUAUUUCUUCUAAAUUUAAUGAUUGUAUUACAUUAUAAUAAGAAAAAGAAUAAAUUAGCCAAUUUGUUUGUGUCUAAGAAUAAUUGAGUUUUUCAUCAGAAUAAUCUGCAUCAACCCUUAUUAAUAUUCUUUAAUAAAUUACAAUGAAAACUAUUUUUUUUAGAAAUAUUACAUUUAUGAACAAUCAAGUUAAUGAAUUAAUUAAUAUUAAAUCUUUAAUAAAAUAAUAAAACACAUCUUAAAUAAUUAUGGAUACUAUUUUCAGUCAUUAAAAUUUGUGUUUAAAUUCUUGUUUAACAAUAGAACCAAUAAUAUUUUAGUUAGAAGAUAAGAUAGUAUCAAAAGAUAUCCUUAUAUCAAAUUAUUAUUGUUUAGAAAAUAAGGCUUAAUAAGGAGUUUGUUUUUAAAUUUUCUAAUUUUCUAUCAUUUUAUCAAAUUCAAAUUUUAUUAAUAAUACAGCAAUAUUGAAAGGAGGAGCUAUCUUAUAUGAAGGUAAAAGUUUAGUUCUUUAACAGUCUUAAAUUUAUUACAAUAGAGCUUAGCAAGGUGGAGGUAUUUUUUCAAAUAUUUAAUUACCAACGAUUAUAGAGCAAGAAACAUUUAAGGCAAACUAAGCUAGUUAUUUUGGGAAUGAUAUUGUUGAAAUUCCAUCAAAAUUAGCAAUUACAAUUGAUAAUUAUUAAAAUAUUCUAUUCCCUAUAGAAUUGGAUAACAAUCAAUCAAUUCAAUUAGAUCAAAUAUUAAUUAAAAAUUAUACAAUGUAUGAUGGAAGCAUUACUAAUUAAAUUUAUUUUCCUUCAGGAUAACAAAUUAGUUAAUAUUAGUAUUUUGAUCAGAUAUAGAAUAAAUAUAUAGAUGCUAAUUUAACUUUGAGAGUUGUUGCUUUGAAUAGAUAAAAUGAUAUUAUGAGAAAUCUAACAAAUUCCUUCUGCACAAUAUUCAAUGAUGAUGCUUAAAUCUAUUUAAAAACUAAAUUUAAUGAAUCUUCAUAAGAUUUUUAUUUCGAUGAUCAAAUUUUUACAUUCUCACCAUACAAUGGAUUAUCUAUUUUAUUAAAUAUCAAAUGUGAUUGUAUUAAAGUAUUAAGUAAAAAAAUAUCUAACUCUUAAAAUUAUUAAUUAUAAUUUUCGGUAAGAUCAUUUCAUUGUAAAAUUGGAGAAAUCUUUGAUCAUGAUUAAUGUAAGGCUUGUGAUUACACUUAAGAUUUAUAUUCUGUUACAAUCAAAUCAACUAAAUGUUCAAAAAGAAAUGAACUCACAACCUCUUAAGUAACAUCUGGUUAAUUAAAACUCAGAUAAGGUUUUUGGAGAUAUCAUUAGAAUUCAGAUGAUAUUUUAUAAUGCUCUUAUUCAUAGACUAAAUGCAAAGGAGGUUGGGAAACAGGAGAUUUUAGUUGUGAAAUUGGUUAUGUAGGAGCAUUGUGUGAAUAAUGUGAUAUUUAUGGAGUUAGAGGUUCAGAAAAAUUUUAGAAUCUUUUUAAGUAUUCUUGUCAAUAAUGUUCAAGCUAGAGAUAUACUAUCUUCUAUUACAUAAUUUUAAAUAUAUGGUAUUAAUAUUUAUUUUACAAACUAGGAAUAUUUUAGCCAUUGGUAUAACAGCAUUUUGUAUAAAAAAUGAUUUUAACAAGUUGUUUAGGGUAUUCUGGUUUUCAACUAUUAGUUGCAAUAAAAUAUUUCUUCAUUAUUUCUAGAUUAUAUUCUAUUUAACUAUGUUGCAAUUAAAUAUACCUAUAUAAUUGUCUUCAAUUAUAAACUUUUUGGGUAAUCCUACAGAGUCAAUAUCCUUUUCAUUAGAUUGUGUAUGGUCUAAUUACGAAACUACAUUCAAUAUUAUAUAUAUUAGAGCCAUAAUCUAAAUAUUUUCACCAAUCCUCUAUCUCAUAAUUAUUUGUUUAUUUAUUCUACUAGUAUUUAGGGUAGAGAGUGAAACUCGUCAGCAUUUAAUAUUUAAUUCAUUACAAUAUUGCAAACUCUAUUAUUCCCCUAGUAUAUUCUCUUGUUUGAUAUCUUUGAUCUCAUAUAGGGAAAUAGGGGGAUAAAAAUGGAUUCUAGCUGAUGUCACUUAUUUAUUUGAUUCAUAAGAACAUUAUUAAUGGAUUUUAUAAUUUAUUAUUCCAAUAUUCAUUUUAUUUCUUAUCAUUUUGGGAUUGGACUUUGUAGCAAUAUUUUAAAGAAAAAAAUAAUUGACACUUUUAAAAACAAAAAUGAUGUUUGGUUAUUUAUACUUAAAUUAUAAAAGUAAAUAUUAUUAUUGGGAGUACUGCAAAUUGAUAUAAAAAUUCUUAUUAGUAAUUGUGCUAUUAUAGUUUCAGGAUUAAAUAGUCUGGAAAGCAACCUUUGUAGUAUUAAUUAUAAUAGUCUAUUAACAAUUAGUAGAAACAUAUCAACCUUAUAAAGCAUCCUUAUUUAACAAUUUAGAUAGUUAAAUGCAUAUAGUUUGUCUGACAACAAUUAUUUUUAGUAUUUUAAUUGUUUAAAGUGAAAAUUAUAACUUGAAAUUCAUAGAAAUUUGCAGCUAUGUUUUAUUAAUAGCAAUAAAUGCUUAAUUUUUGUUGUAUCUUAUCAAGCUUUCCAUAAAACUAAAUUCUGUGUAAGUAGAAAAAUUUAUAGAUAAGAUAAAUUCUAAAUUAACAUCAUUAUUCCCAAUAUUAAAAUAAUAAAAAGUUUGCUUGUGCUUUGUUUAAAAAAGAACUAAGAAAAGUACUUAAAUAAGACAAAGAUUUUAGAAUCUUGUAAGAUAGAUAGUCGAAUUAGGAAAAAAUAAGGGUUUAACUCCAAAGAAAUAAGAGAAGGGUAAUAGAGUAUCUAUUAGAUACUUCUAAUAAGACUUUGAUACUGGUUAGCAAUUAACAAUUACAAAUACAAAUUUGCCUUAAAUAAGUGACAAUUAAAAAAUGCUAAAAACAAAUCCUGAAUUCAAUUAAGGUGACGAUGGAUUAGAGUAAUUAAAUAGAACUCUCACAGCUAAUAAAUAGAAUAAUUAAAAAAAAUCCUAAAUUUGA